AUGCAGUUCAAUUUCAGUGGCCUUCGCGCCUUGGUGACAGGUGCAGGGAAAGGGAUAGGGCGGGACACGGUGAAGGCCCUGCACGCAUCUGGAGCCCGCGUCGUGGCUGUGAGCCGCACCCAUGCCGACCUGGUCAGCCUCUCGGGAGAGUGUCCUGGGGUGGAGCCGGUAUGCGUGGACCUGGGAGACUGGGAGGCCACCGGCCAGGCGCUGGGCAGCGUGGGCCCUGUGGACCUGCUGGUGAACAAUGCGGCCGUGGCCCUGAGGCAGCCCUUCCUGGAGGUCACCAAGGACUUCUUCGACAGGUCCAUCAAUGUGAACUUGCGCUCUGUGAUGCAGGUGUCCCAGAUCGUAGCGCGGGGCAUGAUUGACCGCGGAGUGCCAGGCUCCAUCGUGAACAUUUCCAGCAUGUUGGCCUUAAUCCCCUUCCCCAACCUGACCAGUUACUGCUGCAGCAAAGGCGCAAUGACCAUGCUGACCAAAGCCAUGGCUCUGGAGUUGGGGCCGCACAAGAUCCGGGUGAACACCGUGAACCCCACCCUGGUGAUGACAGACAUGGGCAAAGGUGUCUCAGCCGACCCCGAGUUCGUCCGAAAGCUGAAGGAGCGGCACCCCUUGAGAAAGUUCGCAGAGGUGGAGGACGUGGUCAACAGCAUUCUCUUCCUGCUCAGCGACCGCAGCGCCUCCACCAGCGGCUCAGGGAUCUUCGUGGACGCCGGCUACCUGGUCACCUAG